AUGGCACUGCUCCGGGGUCUCCUGGUACUCAGCUUGUCCUGCCUGCAAGGGCCCUGCUCAGUGUUCUCUCCAGCCAGCGCCAUGGAGCCCAUGAGCCAGCAGAUAGUGACCGGGCCAAGCCAGGAGAAGCUGUCCCCACUUAGCUUCCUCAAGCUGGUCAACCAGGAGCCUGAUGGCCAGACUGACCUGAAGAAGGCCUCAGGAGACUGCAGUGAGGCCCCAACCCCGGAGCAGACCCGCAGGCUGGCCAAGGCCAUGAUGGCCUUCACCACAGACCUGUUCUCCCAGGUGGCCCAAAGUUCCACCCACCCCAACCUCAUCCUGUCGCCUCUGAGUGUGGCUCUGGCACUGUCGCACCUGGCACUAGGUGCUCAGAACCAAACGCUGCAGAGGUUGCAGCAGGUGCUGCAUGCAGACUCAGGGCCCUGCCUCCCCCACCUGCUGAGCCGCCUCUGCCAGGACCUGGGCCCUGGGGCAUUCCGAAUGGCUGCUAGAAUGUACCUGCAGAAAGGAUUUCCCAUCAAAGAGGACUUCCUGAAACAAUCGGAACACCUCUUUGGCGCAAAGCCCAUUAACCUGAUUGGAAAGAAGGGGGAUGACUUGGCAAACAUCAACAAAUGGGUGAAGGAGACCACGGAGGGGAAGAUUGAGGAUUUCCUCUCGGAGAUGGCAGAUGACACAGUGCUGCUCCUCCUCAACGUCAUCCAUUUCCAGGGUUUCUGGAAGAGCAAGUUCGACCCGAGCCUCACCCAGAGAGGAACUUUCCACCUGGACGGGCAGUUCACGGUGCCCGUGGACAUGAUGCAGGCCCGCAUGUACCCGCUGCGCUGGACCUUGCUGGAGCAGCCCUCGAUACAGGUGGCUCACUUCCCCUUUAAGAACAACAUGAGCUUUGUGGUCAUUGUGCCCACCUACUUUGAGUGGAAUGUGUCCCAGGUGCUGGCCAACCUGAGCUGGGACACCCUGCAUCAGCCCUUGCUUUGGGAGAGGCCCACCAAGGUCCAGCUGCCUAAGCUGCACCUGAAAUACAAGCUGGACCUUGUGGCCACCCUCAGCCAGCUGGGCCUGCAGGAGCUGUUUCAGAACCCAGACCUCAGUGGGAUCUCGGACGAGGGCUUGGUGGUGUCCAGCGUACAGCAUCAGUCCACUCUGGAGCUCAGUGAGGCCGGCGUGGAGGCGGCCGCGGCAACCAGCUUGGCCAUGUCCCGCAUGUCCCUCUCCACCUUCAGCGUGAACCGCCCCUUCCUCUUCUUCAUUCUCGAAGACACCACGAGCCUGCCCCUCUUUGUGGGCAGCGUGAGGAACCCCAACCCCGGAGCGCAGCGGGAGCACAAGGAGCAGCAGGAUUCCCCUGACAGCAGGGACUUCCUCCAGGACCUGAAGGCCUUCGUCCGCGGCGACAAGCCCUUCGGCCCUGACUUGAAACUGGAGCCCCUCUCCGAGGAGGAUUACCCCCAAUUUAAUAGCCCCAAGUGAGGGGCUGUGGGCUCCAGCAUCCUGAGUCCCCGCCUGGGCCAGCCUCUCAAUUCAUGUGACUCUUU